ACUUCAUCCUCUGUCACGACUGCAGGUGCUUCGCAGGAGCAGACGUCCACAGCCCACUGGCAGCCAUGAGAGUCCUCUACCUGCUCUUCGCUAUUGUACUCCUCCUCUUCCAGGCUGCUCCAGGUUCUGCAGAACCUCUGUUUGCUGACACUGCAGAGUGCAAGAGCCAGGGGAACUUCUGCCGUGCCAUAUCAUGCCCACCCACCUUUGCCAUCUCCGGCUCCUGCCAAGGAGGGAUGCUGAAAUGCUGUUCAAAGUAA